AUAACAAUUGAAAGUAAGGAUAACAGAUAAAGCAAAGCAGGCUGAAAAUGGCAAGUUUCUGCAGCUUCCACAUGAUCCAUGUCUUGCUGAUCUUCUCUUCAUGCCUACUUAUCCCAACCAGCAGCCAAAGUCACCCCCAACAACCUCCGAACCAUGUGGCCUUUUUCAUCUUUGGGGAUUCACUUUUGGAUCCUGGGAACAAUAACUACAUCAACACUACAACUGAAGAUCAGGCAAACUUCAGGCCAUAUGGGGAAACCUUCUUUAAGUACCCUACUGGGAGGUUUUCCGAUGGCCGGCUUAUCCCUGAUUUUAUUGCUGAGUAUGCAAAACUCCCACUUAUUCCUCCAUAUCUGCAGCCUGGAAAUCAUCAAUUUACUUAUGGGGCCAACUUUGCAUCUGGUGGGGCUGGUGCUUUGGAUGAGAUUAAUCAAGGAUUGGUGGUAAACCUCAACACACAGCUAAGGUAUUUCAAGAAGGUGGAGAAACACUUGAGGCAGAAGCUAGGUGAUGAAGAAUCCAAGAAACUGCUGCUUGAAGCUGUCUACUUGAUCAGCAUUGGAGGCAAUGACUACAUAAGCCCCUUGUUCAGGAACUACAGUGUGUUUCAGAUCUACUCUCAUAGGCAGUACCUAGACAUGGUGAUGGGCAAUUUGACAGUUGUAAUCCAAGAGAUAUAUCAGAAAGGAGGAAGGAAAUUUGGGUUCGUGAACAUGGGGCCAUUGGGCUGUCUACCAGCCAUGAAAGCAAUCAAACUCCAACAAGGAGGCGCUGGUGAGUGCAUGGAAGAAGCCACAGUGCUAGUUAAACUACACAACAGAGUUCUUCCUGAGGUCCUCCAGAAGCUAGAAAGCAAGUUAAAGGGAUUCAAGUAUUCAAUAUUUGAUUUCUAUACUACUGCUAAGGAAAGAAUGGACAACCCUUCAAAAUAUGGUUUCAGAGAAGCGAAGAUAGCAUGCUGCGGUUCGGGUCCCUACAGGGGUCUGUACAGCUGUGGAGGGAUGAGAGGAACAAAAGAGUACGAGCUAUGCAGCAAUGUCAGUGAAUACAUGUUCUUCGAUUCAUUUCAUCCUACUGACAGGGUCUACCAGCAGCUGGCUGAAUUAGUAUGGAGUGGAACUCACAAUGUGAUAAAACCAUACAAUUUGAAACAAUUGUUUGGACAUAGUCAGGAAGAGAUACCAUGCGACCAAUUUGAGCAUCUUCCGUAUACUAGCAAUGUGCCAUAGAACAACUGAGCCCCAUAAGUAUUUCAUUUUUCUCAAUCUGUUCAGCAUCGUUCACCUAGUAAAGGGGCUCAAUGUUUGGUGUCUUCUGAAUGAAGGUCUUGUUUGGGUAAUUCAACAAUUGUUGUUUGAAGCUUUAUAGGACUCUGCUCCAAAUCUUGAUCAAUUCUCUGCUUCGAUCAAGAUUUGAAUUUGAACUGUCCUAUAUAUCUUUUUGUGAGAGAUUUGUCAUCUGAAAUAACUUCUCAAUGGAGGAAGAGUAGGAAUGUGUACUUAAAAAAUUAGAACAAGCAGAAUAAUAUGAGUUUCAUCAUUUCUCAUCAUCA